AUGUUAUCCUUCCUCAAUGGCUGCCUCAAGAUCCGGCGAAAGGCCAAAAAAUGGAGAGAAAUUGAAGACAUUACCGCACACCUCGAAAAGCUGCCGCUGGAAAGUGGUAGCGAGAACAUGCUCAUAAUACAGGGCUUCGAAUGGCACGUGCCGAGUGACCAGCGCCACUGGCAACGCCUUCGAAAAGCACUGCCCAGCUUAAAAGAGAUCGGCGUGGACAAUAUAUGGAUUCCGCCCGGCUGCAAAGGCAUGGACCCGUCGGGUACGGGAUAUGAUGUCUAUGAUCUGUAUGAUCUGGGAGAGUUCGAUCAAAAGGGAACCCGGGCGACGCGAUGGGGCCCGAAAGAGGACUUGCAGGCGCUUGUACGAGCUGCGCAGAAUAUCGGCAUAGGCAUUUAUUGGGAUACAGUCUUGAACCACAAGGCCGGGGCGGACUGUACCGAGAAGUUCCUAGCCGUAAAAGUUGAUCCUAACCAGCGAAACACUGAGCUCUCAGAGCCAGAGAAUAUUUCUGGUUGGGUGGGAUUUGACUUUGAAGGCCGGGGUGGGAGAUACAGCGCCAUGAAAUAUCAUUGGCAGCAUUUUACAGGAGUCGACUGGGAUGAUAUGCGCCAACAGCACGCGAUAUACAAGACUGUUGGGCCAAACAAAGGCUGGUCCAAGGAUGUCAGCGACGAGAAAGGCAACUAUGAUUACCUGAUGUUUGCCAAUCUGGACUAUUCCCAGCCCGAGGUGCGAGCUGAUAUCCUGAAUUGGGUUGAGUGGAUCGGGACCGAGCUACCUAUCCGCGGCAUGCGAAUUGACGCAGCUAAACAUUACUCCGCAAAUUUCCAGAGGAUGUUCGUCGAGCAUGUGCGCAAGACUGUCGGCACUGAUUACUUUCUAGUGGGCGAAUACUGGAGAGGAGAGGUGCAACUUCUUCUCAACUACCUCAAGCUAAUGAACUAUGAAUUGUCUUUGUUUGACGUGCCUUUGCUGGGACGCUUGUCAGCUACCUCUCAAGCUGACAAGGGCGAUAUGCGAAGAAUCUUCAAAGGCACCCUGGUGCAGCAGAGCGCGAAGCAUGCAGUCACAUUUGUUGGGAAUCAUGACACGCAACCCGGGCAGUCACUAGAGACCCUCAUUAUGCCGUUCUUCAAGCCUCUCGCCUAUGCGUUGAUUCUUCUCCGAAACCAAGGACAACCAUGUAUCUUUUACGGCGACUUAUACGGGCUCAAUGGUGGACCGCAACCUUGGCCGGGCCCUUCGUGCGGCGGAAAACUUCCAAUACUGAUGCGUGCUCGCAAGCUAUAUGCCUAUGGCGAGCAACGAGAAUACAUGAAUCGAAGGAACUGCAUUGGUUUCGUGCGCUAUGGCGACUAUCAACAUCCUUUCGGUCUCGCAUGCGUCCUCAGUAAUGCAACCGCUUCAUAUAAGCGGAUGUAUGUUGGCCUUGGACAUGCUGGGGAAACAUGGACAGACAUCCUGCAGUGGCGGUCCGAUCUUGUCAUAAUUGACUGUUGUGGCUAUGGAUUAUUUCCUGUCGCUGCCAUGAGUGUCAGUGUCUGGGUCAAUUCCCGGGCACCUGGACGGGACUUUCUCAACGAGCCUUUGUGA